AUGCACUGGACACCAGAACACGCCCAGCCCCUCAACCAAUGGCCAGAGCAGCACCUGGACGUCUCCUCCACCACCCCGUCGCCAGCCCACAAAUUGGAAUUGCCCCCUGGAGGUCGCCAGCGCUGCCACUAUGCUUGGGCACACGACGACAUCUCUGCCCUCACUGCCUCCAACCUCCUCAAACGCUACGCAGAGAAGUACUCGGGGGUCCUGGACUCACCCUACGAGCGUCCCACCCUGGGCGGCUACGGCGACUCCGCAUUCCUCAACGGCGCCAAGGGGGACCCAGAGCCAUGGCCAGGGCCCGAGCCGCCUUACCCCCUGGCCUCACUCCACGAGGGCCUCCCGGGGACCAAGUCGGGCAGUGGGGGCGGUUCCGGGGGCCUUGGGGGCUCCCCGGUUUUAGCUGGGAACCUGCCUGAACCCCUCUAUGCCGGCAACGCGUGCGGGGGCCCGUCGGCGGCGCCCGAGUACUCGGCGGGCUACGGCGGGGGGUACCUGACUCCAAGUUACUGCGCGCAGACCGGCGCCGCGCUGCCCCCGCCACCCCCGUCCGCGCUACUGCAGCCCCCGCCCCCGCCGGGGUACGGCCCCUCCGGGCCUCUGUACAACUACCCCGCAGGGGGCUACGCGGCGCAGCCCGGCUAUGGCCCUCUCCCGCCGCCCCCGCCCCCGUACCCCCCGCCGAAGCUUGCCGCGUCGGGCGCCGCCGAGGGCGCGCGCCUCCUCCGGGCCGCCUUCGCGGCUGCGCGCUGCCGUCCGCCCGCCCUGCUCCUCCUCAGCGAGCUGGAUGCGCUGCUCCCGGUCCGGGACGACGGUGCGGCUGCCGCAGGCGCGCUGCAGGCCUCGCUCCUGGCCUGCCUGGACUGCAGCUGCGGCGCGGGGCCCGACGGCGUGCUGGUCGUGGGAACCACCUCGCGGCCCGCGGCUCUGGACGAGGCGACCCGCCGGCGCUUCGCUCUCCGCUUCUACGUGGCGUUGCCCGACAGUCCGGCCCGCGGGCAGAUCCUGCAGCGGGCGCUGGCCCAGCAGGGCUGUGCGCUGAGCGAGCUGGAGCUGGCGGCCCUGGUGCAGGGCACCCAGGGCUUCUCUGGGGGCGAACUGGGACAGCUGUGCCAGCAGGCAGCGGCCGGGGCGGGCCUCCCGGGCCUGCAGCGUCCCCUCUCCUACAAGGACUUGGAGGCGGCGCUAGCCAAGGUGGGCCCUAGGGCCUCCCCUAAGGAGCUGGACUCGUUCGUGGAGUGGGACAAAAUGUACGGCUCUGAACACUGAUGGCGCGCGGAGGAGGUCGCGGGAGCCACCGCCUCUCCUUGCGCGCCUCCUCCGCUUG